AUGCCCACUGUCACUAAUACAAAUUCUGCCACUGGCGGCGGCGCAUCCAAGGGUCCAGCACCUGAGCUUCAUUUCCCGCCGAUAACCAGGGACCACAUUCUACACUGUUCAUACGAUCACUGGUUCCCAAAGUAUCGAGCAAACUGCAUCAAGUCAAGGAUUAUUCCCCUCACACCACAGUUCCUGGAGUACAUUCGAGAGGAUGGCAUUACAUUAUCAGACGAACAGGAUGGCGAUGAUGAUGACGACGACGACAAUGUCGAGUGGGAAGGGCCCACGACAGUAUCUCGGGUUGAACCCGAAGAAGUAGACUCGGACUCGGACAGCGAUGAGGAUGAUGCGCCCCCGCCACUACCCCCAAACAAGAGGUUCCCUGAGCUACACCAAGCCAUCAAGGACACCAUCGCCGAGCUUGGCGGCGAGGUUGCGCCCAAGUUGAACUGGACCUCUCCUAAAGACGCAGCAUGGAUGUCGCCUCACCAGAACACGAUCAAAUGCACAACGCCCGACGAUAUCUACCUGCUCUUGAAGAGCUCCAACUUUAUCACGUAUGAUUUGGAGCAUGCAUUUGAAGACUGUACCCCCCUGCCGGGCGCUGUGUCGCCGGCACUGUUCAAGCCCGUCCUCGUCCUUCGCUCCUUCUUCAACCCUCACACGGCUCUCGAAUUCCGCUGCUACGUCAAGCAUCGGAAUCUAGUUGGCAUCUGUCAGAGGGAUCUCAAGUAUUAUGAGUUCCUCACUGAUUUGCGCGGCGCCAUCGUGGCAAGGAUCAGCCAAUUCUUCAAUCACAAACUGCGCUACACAUUCCCAGAUGGUAACUUUGCUUUCGAUGUGUAUAUCCCCGAGGGCGAGGACGAGCCCCUGGGCCGUGUUCGGCUCAUAGAUAUCAAUGCCUGGGCUCCUCACACCGACAGCCUCCUGUUUGGCUGGGAUGAACUAAACGAUUGGCAAGUCCCUGGCCCAAUCAUAGGAGUAGCAGGAGAUGACGAUGACAUUGGUCUCCAAACGGGCUCUGAAGUGACCGAAGAUGAGGACGACGACGACGACGACGACGACGACUACGACGACGAAGACAUUGUUCCUGAACUCCGGCUCGUUGAGAAGGAGCACGCUUCUGCCUACAAUCUAAGCUCGCCAGCAUAUUCAGCCCACAAACUACCCAAAGACGUGGUAGAUGCAAGCAUGGCUGGUCAAGGCGGCAUGAGAGAGUUUGCAGCCAAAUGGAGCGAGAUGAUCUCAUACCGGGAACACCUUGCCCAGUGGGAAAGGGACUAG